AUGACGGUGGGAGCCAGGCUCCGAAGCAAGGCGGCGAGUGGUUUCCUGCGCCGCGGGCCCCGGGGGCGAGCGCGGGCGGAGGGGGACGAGGAAGCGGCCGCCCUCCUGGAGCAGCCGGAGCGCGGGGACGAGGCGGCGAGCGGGGCGAGCGCGGGGCGCCCGGGGGCCCGCAGCGCGCGCACGGUGCACCUGGCCGUCCUCCCCGAGCGCUACGAGCCGCUGGACGAGCCGGCCGCGGGCGAGAAGCCCAAGAGGAGAUACCGGCAGAAGCUGAAGAAGUACGGCAAGAAUGUUGGGAAAGUGGUCACCAAGGGAUGCCGCUACGUGGUCAUCGGCCUGCAAGGCUUCGCUGCGGCCUACUCUGCCCCGUUUGGAGUAGCCACCAGCGUGGUCUCGUUCGUCCGCUAG